AGUAUCGGUGAUCAGUAAACUAAACCAUUUUUGAUGUGUCUGUGGGUGAACCCCUGGAAACGCCAUCGAGGCCUCUACUAAAUCAGCAUCCGUAAAUCCAUUACAAUCCACUGUGUGCACCAUGGCUGCUCUCACCUUUGCUCACCACAUCCUUUUUUCCAAACCCUCUGUCUUCCUUCAUUCAACCAAAAAUGGUUUCAACACCUUAUUUUCCGUCUCCGUCCCCGCACCUUUCCUUCGCCGAUACAAAUCCUCACAGACAAUAGCAGCAGCUUCUUCACUCCUUGAACUUGGUGGAGUUAAAAUUUCGAAAGAAGAUGUGGUUAAAGAUGAACCAACAAAUAAUGUCCCUGAUUUGAUAUUCACUAAACUUGGAUUGCAACUUCAUAGAAGAGAUCAUCAUCCUCUUGGAAUCUUGAAGAAUGCAAUAUACGAGUAUUUUGACACCAACUAUAACAAUCAGUUUCAUAAGUUUGAUGAUCUCUGCCCCAUUGUUACUACAAAAGAGAACUUUGAUGAUGUGUUGGUGCCUUCUGAUCAUGUUAGUAGGAGUUACAAUGAUACAUAUUACAUUGAUACAGAAACAGUGUUGAGGUGUCACACAAGUGCACAUCAGGCUGAUUUACUGAGAAAAGGGUAUGCCAAUUUUCUUGUUACUGGUGAUGUUUAUCGUAGAGACUCCAUUGAUUCAACUCAUUACCCUGUAUUCCAUCAGAUGGAAGGAGUUAGAGUCUUUAGUCCAAAUGAUUGGAAUGAUUCUGGAAUGGAUGCUACUUUAUAUGCUGCACAUGAUCUAAAAGCAUGCCUUGAGGGUUUAGCACGCCACCUUUUUGGUGCUGUUGAAAUGCGAUGGGUUGACUCUUAUUUUCCAUUUACGAAUCCAUCUUUUGAACUCGAGAUAUAUUUCCAGGAGAAGUGGUUGGAGGUUCUUGGAUGUGGGGUAAUGGAGCAAGAAAUAUUGAAAAGAGGUGGGAAAAGUGAUAAUGUGGCUUGGGCAUUUGGGCUUGGAUUGGAAAGAUUAGCAAUGGUCUUAUUUGACAUUCCAGAUAUUAGACUCUUUUGGUCAACCGAUAAGCGAUUCACAUCUCAAUUUACAAAAGGUCAACUUGGGAUAAAAUUCAAGCCAUUCUCAAAGUAUCCACCUUGUUAUAAAGACAUGAGUUUCUGGAUCAACGAAUCGUUCACUGAAAACAAUCUGUGUGAAAUUGUUCGAGGUGUUGCUGGUGAUCUCGCUGAGGAGGUGCAAUUGAUUGACAAUUUCACCAACAAGAAAGGAAUGACAAGUCAUUGCUAUCGUAUCACUUAUCGCUCCAUGGAGCGCUCUCUUACAGAUGAGGAAAUAAACGAGUUACAGUGGAAUGUUCGAGAUCAAGUCCAAAGCCAGAUGAACAUCGUUCUAAGAUGAUUUCCAAUAUGCCAAAUGGAAUUUUGUGAAUACCUUCUAUUUAUGUUUUUAUUUAUUAAUGAAGACAUUCAUAUGUUGCAUUAUUACUUCUAAUUUCAACAUAUGUAACCCUAGUUUUUUGUUUUUAUCAUAUGAUAAUAAAAUAAACUACAACUUUUCUUUCAUACAACAA